AUGCAGCGCUUGCUCCUGUCGAAUUACAGCCUGCUGGAGGCUUGCAAGCUCGCGGAGUCCCUGGAAGGCACGGCGCCAGAGUAUGUGCAAGUGGGCUCUGCCAGCCGGCUGCGCCCCUCGCCCUCCACCUUCUUUGGACGCGGCCAGGUGGAGGCGGUGCAGGCGCGCGUGGCCGCCACCCAGCCCCACAGAGUGUUCGUCAAUCACGUCCUCAGCGGCGUGCAGCAGCGCAACCUGGAGCGCGCCCUGCAGCGCCCCGUGCUGGACCGUGUGGCGCUCAUCAUAGAGAUCUUCUCCCAGAGGGCGCGCACCGCAGAGGCUCGCCUGCAGGUGGAGCUUGCUUCUCUGGAGUACAAGGCCAGCCGGCUGGUGCGUGUGGUGGAUGCCGCCACCGGCAAGCGCGCCGCGUUUGGGCUGGCGGGCGAGGCGUCUGAGAUCGUGUCUGCCCGCGAGCGCGGGCGCAGCGGCAGCGGCGCGGGCGGCCUGGGCGGCGCGGGCGGCCAGGGCGAGAGCGAGCUGCAGCUGCAGCGGCGCCGCGUGGCCGACCGCCGCAAGCAGCUGCUACGGAAGCUGGAGGAGGUGCGCAAGACGCGGGGGGUGCAGCGCGCGGCGCGCAGGCGCAGCGGCAAGCCGCAGGUGGCCAUCGUUGGGUACACCAACGCGGGGAAGAGCAGCCUGCUGAGCGCGCUGAGCAAGUGCGGGGAGGCGGAGGCGGGGGUGGAAGAUAAGCUGUUUGCCACGCUGGACCCUACGCUGAGGCGCGUGAUGCUGCCGGGGUCGGGGCGGGACGUGGUGCUGUCAGACACCGUGGGCUUCAUCAGCGACCUGCCCACACAGCUGAUAGAGGCGUUCCAGGCCACGCUGGAGGAGGUGACAGAGGCGGAUCUGCUGCUGCACGUUCUGGAUGCCUCCAGCCCUCAGGUGCUGCAGCAGCGGGCGGCGGUGCUGGGCGUGCUGCGCGGGCUGGGCGUGCCCGAGGCGCGGCUGCGGGAGGGCGUGAUAGAGGUGUGGAAUAAGAUGGACCAGCUGCCUGGGCAGCUGGCGGCCGGGCCGGUGGCCGGGGAGCAGCAGCUGGGGGAGCGGCAGCUGCCGCCGGCCGUGGAGGCAUUGCUGGCGUCGGAUGCGGCUGCAGCUGGCUACCGCCCCACUGCCGUGGCCACCAGCGUGCUGCAGAACGAAGGAUUAUCGGAGGUGCUGGCUGCGGUGGAGAGCAAGCCACAUCCCGCGCAGCAGCCAGCAGAGAUGGUGGCAGUGCGUCAACCGGCGGCUGGCGCCGCACCCGCCCCGCCGGCCAAGCUGACGCCGCAAGUGGUGCUGCACGACCGCGCAAACCUGGUGGCGCUCCCCACCAUCGGCUGCAUGGUGCUGGCUGGCCUGCUGGGCUACAUUGACACGCUGCUGGUCACCAAGGCCUUCAUCGUGUACAUUGUGGGCGACCUGUUCUGGCUCAUCCUGGAGCCCAAGGCGGUGCCCUCGAGACCGCGGGUCAUCAUUUGGCACCACGCGGUCACCUUCCUGCUGCUGCAAAUCCCGCUGAGGCACCCGCAGCUGGGGCGCUACACAUGCAUGGACGGCCUCAUUGAGUGGAACACCUUCUUCUUGAUCGCCCGCCGCCAGUUCCCGCGCUGCUACCGAGCCUUCAACUUCUUGUAUUGGGCCACUUUCUACCCCAUGCGCCUCGCGCUCUUCCCCCUGCUGCUGCCGCUGUUCUGGAGGGAGAUGCAGAACGGGUAUGCCUGGUGGGAGACGGCGGCGGUCAUGGGCACCCAGGUGUCGCUGUGCAUCUUCAACUGCUGGUUCCUCAUCGCCAGCUGGACACGGCGGCGGUGA